AGAGCUCUAUCCUCUUAGAGUUUCUUCUUCUUCUCAGUGUGGGUAUCUUGGGACAAUGGCGAUGGCUAUGGCGGUUGUUUCUUUCCCAUCUCUACUCAACAAAUCGACUUUAUCCUCAUCUCUCUUCACCCCCACCUUCCUCCCAGCGAAAUCCUCUUCACUUGUCAUCAAAUCGUCACCCAAAACCAGAUUCGUUGUUUCAGCAUCCAUGGAAGCUGGAAUCGGAGUAAUGGGUUCGAAGCUCGGUAUGAUGAGUUUCUUCGAAGACGACGGCACAGUCGUUCCAGUAACAGUCGUCGGAUUCCGCGAAGGCAACAUCGUAACCCAAAUCAAAACCCUAGCCACCGACGGUUACGACGCGGUUCAAAUCGGUUACCGUCGACUACGAGACAAGAAGCUAACCAAACCGGAAAUGGGCCAUCUCCAAAAAGCCGGUACGAUCCCAAUGAGACAUCUGCAAGAGUUCAGGUUAGUAAACGUGGAAGGAUUCGAGACGAACCAGAAGCUCGUGUUCGACGAGAUAUUCAAAGAAGGGGACUUCGUUGACGUGGCUGGGACGACGAUUGGGAAAGGGUUUCAAGGAGGAAUCAAAAGGCAUAACUUCAAGAGAGGUCAGAUGACUCAUGGUUCCAAGAGUCAUCGUGCUUUGGGUUCGAUCGGUGCUGGUACUACUCCCGGAAGGGUUUACAAAGGGAAGAAGAUGCCUGGGAGAAUGGGAGGGACGAGGACCAAGAUCAGGAAGCUUAAGAUUGUUAAAGUUGAUAAGGAGCUUAACGUUGUCAUGAUCAAAGGUGCUUUGCCUGGUAAGCCUGGCAAUCUUCUUCGCAUUACUCCGGCUAAAAUCGUCGGUGUUAAUAUCCCCAAGAGCUAGUAGAGAGACUACCAGACUUGUUUUGUUUUGUAAUGUUUGACUUUGUUUCUCUUUCUAUUUAUUAUAAUUAUUGUAAUCGAAAUGGAUUUUGGUGUUGAAAUUUGUAGAAUUGCUAAAUCUCAGUUUCGUCUA